UGGUGGGGUUGGUGCAGUUGAAGCACGUGGGCCCUGCUUCGUGUGUCUUGUUCGGUAGUGCUCUCAGUAGUGCUCUCAGCUGCCCGUGAAAGAUUUCACACCGGAUGUCCAUCGAGUCUGUCACGAACUUAGCGCGCCCACCACGGCCGUUGAGGAUGUGACGUUCCCUAUAGUUGUUGUCAGGACGUCGCGCACAUCGUCAAAAGUACGAAAAGUGCGAAAGCCUUUUAAAGAGCCAAACGAUGACCCUGAAGGUACUACUGACGAGCUUGGUUGUCGUGGCCACGGCAAGCCGUUUCGUUCUCUCAUCGUUGGAUGAUCAUCAUCGUCGGGUGCCCUCGCACAGCCAUAGAAUCAUUUGGCCAGUUUGGCAUCGCGAUAAAUUGCUCCAUGCUAGACAUAAUCGGUCAGAUGAUGAACGCGUAGUCCGAGAAACAACUACGAGAAGUCCACCGUGGACACCGCUAUCACAGAUUUCCAUGACGAGAUCCCCACAGCAGAUAAAUUCGGCAGCGAGAGAUGUGGAGCGACGAACGCUGGAACAAAAGUUUAGUGGUGCUGUGGCGAUGGCGGAGUAUGGUGGUACCAGAGCAAUAGCAUACGCGGGUUAUCAUGGCAAUCAUUGGUAUCAGCCAAAGGAGACUGACGCGCAAAACUAUCAGCCAACUAUUACAACUGUUCCUACGUAUACCAGACAUCAUUCGGGAAGGCGAGUAUGUACCAGACAAGCACCCGCAAUUUCGCAUCAUCAUCGAGGAAAACAAAUUAGUUUCUUUUGCUGCCCGGGUUGGUCACAAGUUACGCAUUUGAGCUUUGGUUGCAAUAAACCCACGUGCAUAACAUCCUGUUUAAAUGGUGGAAUUUGCACAUCGCCUGGUAAAUGCACGUGUCUCAAAGGGUAUACUGGUAACUACUGCCAAAUAGAUAUAGAUGAAUGCGUGAGAGAAAAACCAUGUGGACAACUUUGCACAAAUUUACCUGGUAGUUAUCGAUGUCAUUGUAGACCUGGAUUUCAACUUCAACAUGAUGGCCAAUCUUGUCGGAGAAAUGACACUGAUGAAAACGCUUUUGAAGCACGCGACUUAGAAACCGAUUUUCAUGAUGUGUCGACAACAAAGAAUCCGAUUUUUCAUAAUACAGAAAAUGAAGUAAGCGAUGAUGAUCAAGAUUUUGAAAUUAUUUUAAAAAGACUGAUUAAACUGGAAAAACAAGUAGCCAGAAAUAAAAAAAGAGAUACAGAGGCUUCUGACAUAAACACCAAAGUUACAUUGGCAGUCGAAAGUGUCAAUGAGAUGAAAAAAACCGUCGAAAAUGUGCAAUUGAUGCAACAAGAAGUAUAUGAUAUGAAAAGCAAGAUAAAGCUAUAUGAGACAGAAAUAAGAAAGAUAUAUCAUCUGAUGAAUCGUGUCGCAGAACUAGAAAAUCAUCUGAGAAUACAUUGCAGAUACCAAUAAAUUAGUAGAUCGUUGAAGUUUCAAUGUUACUAAAGUGUUAUGUGGAUAUUAUUAUUAUUUGAUAUUAAUAAUGAUUAACAGUAAUACUAUCUACUAUUCUAUUUGAUAUUAGUGGUAAAUAAUGUUACUACUAUUUUAUUUAAUAGUAGCAAUAUUUUUGUUACGAAUUUUCAUGCUCGCAAAAAUGAUAUCUUUAAAUCAGAAAUAUUCGUACAGAUAUAAAAAAUGCUACAUAUUUAAAAUAUUUAUUUUUUAUUUUUAUGCUAAAAAAAUUAUAUUAUUUGUCUUAAAAUAUGGACUAGUAGUAGUCAUAAGCUUCACACAAAAAUUUUUCUAUCGUGAAAUAUCACUGCCAUCAUUUAGCAUUUAUUAUAUUUAUCAGACUAGUAAUAAGAUAGCAUAGUACAUAGUUUAAAUACUAUUAUUUGUAUUCAUCUUUAUAAUAAAAUAAGGUGGAUUAUGCAUUUCUAUACUUCUUUUAUAUUUUAAGAUAGAUGAAGAAUGUGCCAUAAAAUAUUAAAAUAAUAUAAAAAAUAGUUAUAACAUUAUA